AUGUUCGACCGGCUGGAAGAGACAUUGCUGAGUAAGGACAAUCUUGCACAGUCUCGAGAGGCUUUUGACUCAAUCCAACAUGCCGUUGUGAGUAGCUAUUCGUCGUCGACUGAACAGUUUCGCCAGCGAUUCGUAUAUCUGGCAACUAUGAAAAGUGUCGCUUCCGCUAUGUUGCGUCAAGAUCACCAGACGCAAGGCCUUAAGCUAGACAGAGAAUUCAUCAAAGGCCCAUGGUUCGAUCUCGGUCCCCAUGCAGUUGGCAACCUCGAGCUCAAUCGCGUGUAUGUCCUCAUCGAAUAUUUGACGUACGAAGGUACAUGGAAUUCUCGCGAGGACGAACUGCUCGAACGUGUCAAUGCAAUAGCAUCCUUACGCAACGAGAGCGUCUCCGAGUCCAUCUUUCCCAUUCUUCGAUGUCACGGCUACUACCACGAGCCUGCACGAACUCGUUUCGGCAUCGUAUACCAGCUGCCUACUGAAGCCCAGAACACUGUUCCCAUUAACUUAUUGACGGCAUUAAAGAUGACAAAGUCAAGGACUCUGCAACCUUCGCUCACGCAAAGCUUCAAAAUAGCAUCCGCGCUGGUCUCACACGUCCUAAGCUUUCACCGGGGCGGCUGGUUGCAUAGAAGUAUAUCCGCAUUCAACAUCAUCUGCUUUCCGGACGCCUUUCCAAGCGUCGCAGCCUCUCUCACAAAACCGUAUUUCGUCGGGUUCAACCACAGCCGCGUCAAUGAUGAUAAUGAAUAUUCUUCACUGACCGAAAUGGAGUAUCAGCACCCCGUAUACCAAAGCAACACCCGGGCCUACACAGAUGAUACGACAAAUGCCAUCGUGCGUUUCCGCCAGGAGUUCGAUUACUUCAGCGUCGGCAUGGUGCUUAUUGAAAUUGCUCUCUGGAGGUCUUUGAAGUCGAUGACGGAAAAGAUCGAAGGAUCGCCGGAGGAGAUGUUGGUGGAGCUGCAAAAAAAAGUAUGUAUCGCUGGUAAAGAUAUAUAUGGGAGACGUGUAUGGUGA